CCAGACUCUCCAGGCGGUCCCGCACUUUCGAACGCAGGACUUGGAGUACCAUAAAACCCAAGCGCACGGACCAAUCCUCAACACCCGUCCAUAGGGAGAGGAUAUAACUUAAUACAUACAAUCGUCAGCAUCUAGGCUCCUCAACACACGGUUCGGAGGAACUCUGAGCCGCACCGCCGGGCUUAAUCGGAACCUGGCGUCAUCAUGGCACCUUCAACGUCGUCGAGGUCUAGGAAAGAGAAAGGGAGUUCGAGCACAAGCAUAAAUGAAGAGAAAUAUAGGCAGUUGAAGCGGAAGAUGAAGGAUGUCUUGCAGGAGCAUGACCACCUCUCUUCGAAGCUGAAGAAAGCCCGAUCGAAAAUCUCACAUCUGAAGCGUGAGAAAGACCUGCUUCUAGACCGACUCGACCGCUUUGAGGGACCCAUUACUUCCUCGUCCGACUCUGCCCUCUCCUCCCUUAGUGAGACAGACUCCGAGUCUGAUAUAUCCUCAGAUGGCUCGCAGGACCUUCCAUCAGCGAAACGGCAAAGGACAGCAGAAGGUGCAACGAACUUGUCACAACUGCCAUCCCGGGAGCCAUCUCCACCUCCUUCGAACGCAAGAGCGAAGAAAGGAACGACAAGAAAACCGUUCACGUCCAAAUUACGCAAGAUACAGCCUGUGCCCAGGGAUGAGUUCGGCAACCCUGUCCUUCCUCUACAUCUGGGAAUUACUACUCUUUACGCUCUGGGCACUAUCGUGCAUGACCGGAAGAACUUCCAUACUGAGCGAUAUAUCUAUCCCGUCGGAUACAAAGCGUCGAGGACCUAUGCAAGCAUGGUGAACCCUGAGAGAGGCACCGUUUACACUUGCUCAAUUACUGACGGGGGAGAUGGUCCACGGUUCAACAUCGUACCGGAGGACGCUCCAGAAAAAGCCGUAACGGCAACCUCGGCAACUGGAGCAUGGACGGCAGUGAUCAAGGUGGCGAAUGCCCUCCGGAAGCGGGAACACAGCAACAGCGCAUCCGGACCAGACUACUUCGGCUUUGCGCACCCUACGAUAGCGUCGCUGAUACAGGAGCUUCCAGGGGUGGAGCUUUGCAAAAACUACGUGGCACAAAAGUUUGAGGAACAGGAACCGAUAAAGCGAGGAGGGACGAAAGGCGAUAAAUCCAGCACAAGACAAUCAUCCGCGUCACCGCCAGACAACCCCGGGUUGAAGCCUUCCAACAAUUGCAUCGGACGUUCCCGAUUUCUCCGAAACGGGAAGUGCAAUCGUUGAUGAUCUGUCGCUAGCAGAUAGUCCGUAUGGUAGUCGUAGCCCAGUGGAGCGUGGUGGAGGUACAGAUAUGGAUGACAGUUUGGAAGGGAACGACUUGAUGGCCCAGGCUCUGAGGAGUAUAUUAGGGAAUGGCGCUGGGAGCGCGCG